CUCAUUUCCCCCAGUGACCUUGACAAGUCAGAAGCUUGAAAGCAGGGAAAUCCGGAUGUGUCAGUUAUGAAGUGGAACAGCGGGGCUGCAACAUAUUUCCAGAAGUCUCCAUCCAGACUAGUGAUUGCCUCUGUUACUGCCAGUGGCCAUAUGAGGUGUUUAUCUGGGUCUGAAGAGGUUGGCACAAUGGCCAAGUGCCUCAGCCUGGUGCCUCUUCUUGCCUCCAUCUGGACCACAAGGCUUCUGGUCCAAGGCACUCUCCAUGUAGAAGAGCUUUCAAUCUCAGGGCCAUGCAGAAUUAUGGGGGUCACACUUGUGAGCAAAAAGACAACCCUGCAGCUGAAUUUCACAGAAGCUGAUGAGGCCUGUAGGCUGCUGCAACUAACUUUGGCCAGCAAAAACCAGGUUGAAGAAGCAUGGAGGUUUGGCUUUGAGACUUGCAGCUAUGGAUGGGUUGAAGAUAAAUUCUUGGUCAUUCCUCGGAUUCUCCCGAACCCCAAGUGUGGGAAGAAUGGGAUGGGUGUCUUGACUUGGAGAAAUUCCCUCAGUUUAAAGUUCAGGGCCUAUUGCUACAACUCAUCUGAUGCUUGGAUUAACUCAUGCUUUCCAGAAAUUAUCACCAAAGAUCCAAUAUUCAACAGUCAGACCACAAUAUACACAACUGAAAUGGUUGUCAGUGACAGUAUAUACUCAGCAUCACCUCCUGAUGCACCUUCCUCUAGCGCACCUACUCUCACUUCUGCCCCUGCUCCAGCCUCCACUUCUACUUCAAGGAAAAGAAAGUUAAUUUGUGUAACAGAAGCUUUUAUGGAAACUAGCACCAUAUCUAUAGAAACUGAAUCAUAUACUGAAAAUAAAGCAGCAUUCAAGAAUGAAGAUGUUGGGUUUGGAGGUGUUCCCACGGCUCUGCUAGUACUCGCACUCCUCUUCUUUGCUGCUGCAGCUGGUCUUGCAAUUUGCUAUGUCAAAAGGUAUGUGAAGGCCUUCCCUUUUACAAACAAGAAUCAACAGAAGGAAAUGAUUGAAACCAAAGUAGUGAAGGAAGAGAAGGCUGAUGAUAGCAACCCUAAUGAGGAAUCAAAGAAAACUGAUAAAAAGCCAGAAGAGCCCAAGAGCCUACCCAAAACUACAGUGAGAUGCCUGGAAGCUGAAGUUUAGAUGAGAAAAAAAAAUAAGAGGACACACCUGAGGCUGAUUUCUUUCCUAAUGCAUAUCCCAGCCCCAGAUGGGGAAACUUAAAAGGACCAAAGAACCAAAGAAGAAAGUCCACCCUUGAUUUUUAAAUAGAAAUCAGCUCAUGGCUAGCUUUGGAUAAUGAAGCUCGCCAAAGGGAAUUCCCUUCUUCCUGCAGUCCUUUCUGGAUCCUAUCCUCCUACCUCUGAAGCUUCUCAUGGUCUUCCUAGCCUAGCUAUGUCCUAAUAAUAUUUUAAAGGGAGAAAGGAGGUUUGCAAAGCAUAAAGACCUGAGACAGCUAAUCAGAACACAUUUGUAAAGGGGCUUCUAGGGUGUCUGAGAAUAGGUGAAUUGAGAGCCAAGAAACCAUCAGACCAAGGCUUUCUCUAUUGACUCCACAGCCCAGAUCCUUUCUUCAGCUCUGAAAGGGAAACACUUACACCACCUGGCAUUGGCUUCUGAGCCAGGCAAGAGCAAAAGAAGGAAGGUAAUGUUUAGCAAUUGAAGACCAUGGAAAUUUCUCAUGACUUGAGACUGACCUCUAUAAAACCAAAAUAGAUUUGGGAAAAAAGAAUGAGGCUGAGGAUCCUGACUGCAUAUUGUCAGCAGGGACUAUAAAUACAGACAGGGGUCCAAAGUAUUCAUCUCUGAAUAAUUUGAGUUGGGAUCACUUUUAAGAGCAUACAUUUUUUUCUUUCUCUCUCCUGCUGCAGCUAUUUUUCUCAUAGAACAUACUUUUCCAAAAAACAAAAAAUUUUUACAAAUUUCUAUUUUUGUCUGAGUUACAAAGUUAUUACUAAGGAAAUUACUGUGCUAAAAGGCAGAAAAGUUGAACAAAUAUUUGCUGAAAACCUGCUGUAUGUCAGAUGCUGUGUAAGGUAUUACAUUCUGUAAUUAAACAUUAUUUAUCAAAAACUUACAUAUAGUAGAAUAUUGUAUGAAGCUAAUUUUUUUUCAAUUUUGAUAUCCCUGGCUUAUCCACAUCCAAAGCUAUUUUUUUUCUGCUGAGACUAACAUUUCAUUAUUUUCUCUAAUAUGGCAACCAUUAUAAUCUUAAUUUAUUCUUAACAUACCUUAAAAGUACAUCAUUCUCUAUACCCAAAGUAUUUUCUAAAUGUCAUUAUCAAAUGCAUUAGUAGCUCUCCUUUUCCCAGCAAGCACAGCCUGAAAGGUACAGAGAUACUUGUGCGAAAAAAAUAAAAGCAUUUAGAAAAUUU